UCCAUCUAUUAAACAUCUACUUCUGCUUCCAAAUUGCCUGCUGCUUCUUUUUCCUCUUCUUCUUCUUUAACGGCUGCUACUUCUUCAAUGGAUGGUUUUUCUUCUUGUUCUUCUUCAAUGGCUGCAAAGACUGCUGCUGCUGCUUCUUCUUCUGAUUGGAAGUAUGCUGUAUUUCUCAGUUUUAGGGGAGAGGACACUCGCAAUAAUUUUACCAGCCAUCUCUACAAGGCAUUGGACCAAAAGGGAAUCGAAACCUUCAUGGAUGACAAGAAGCUUAGAACAGGUGAAGAGAUAUCUCCCAUACUUGUUGGAGCAAUCCAAAGAUCAAGGUGCUCCAUCAUUGUUCUGUCAGAAAAUUAUGCAUCCUCCAAGUGGUGUCUAGAAGAACUUGUGGAGAUACUAGAGUGCAAAAGAACUAAAAACCAGAGGGUGGUGCCCAUUUUCUAUAACGUGGAUCCAUCACAUGUUCGGAACCAGACUGGAAGCUUUGGAGAAGCCUUGUCUAAGCAUGAAGAGAAUUUGAAGAUCAAGGGGGAGAAGCUGCGGAAGUGGAGGGAGGCUCUGACUCAAGUCGCUAAUUUAUCUGGUUUGCAUUCCCUGAAUAAGUAA